UUAUAAAUAUUUCCAGAUAACUUUGGACGUAGUCGAAAUAAUCGACAAUGUAAUCGAAUCUGGUGUGCUCGGUACAAACCAAUCAAUGCGAGAAACAGCGUCAUCAUUUGUGACGUCACUAGAGCGGCAACUUGCAACUGUAGCAGCAGCAGGCAUGAAUUUCACUACGGUACAGCCGCAUGUCGGCGUUAUGACGUUGUCAGUUAGCUCAGAUUCUCUAGAAAACGGACUUGUGUAUGUGGCAUUCUCUGAUGGUGAUUCUGUUAAGGAAAAUUUUGAACCGAACAAUGUGAAAACUUUUUUUGAGAAUAUCUUUCCCAUUGACAUGGUGGGAGCGUCCAUCGCUCUUCCACCUGAGAUAGUUUCUAUAAGCCAAGCUCAAACAGGGGAGGAUGAGAUUCGAGUUUAUUUUACUGUUUACCAAAAUAGUUCGCUAUUUAUUUCAAACAAAUUGUCUAAAGAGUCCCGGCAGGAUUUUACGCGGCAGGUUGGCAGCCAUGUUAUUUCAGCUUCGGUAGAGGCAGUAAAGAUUGACGGAUUGGUAUACCCUGUAAAAGCAGCAUUUCUUCCACGUUUUGAAACUAUCAACAACACAGAAUGUGUUUUCUGGGAUUUUUCUGUUGACGAUGGCGUGGGUGAUUGGUCAAGUGAUGGUUGUGUAUAUAACAAGACAGAAGAUGACCGUGUAAUAUGCUUCUGUGACCACCUUACCAACUUCGCUAUUCUUGUUGAUUAUUAUGAACCUAAGGAUUCGCCGUUUCAGGAUGUUUUGACUAUCAUCAGCUUGAUUGGAUGCAUCGUGUCCAUUGUCUGUCUAGCAAUUACGAUUGCCACGUACCUUUAUUUUAAGCAAUUUCGAAGCAAGCGCCCUCAAAGAAUACUUAUCAACCUAUCAUUUUCUUUGCUUCUCCUGUAUCUCGUGUUUGCUAUUGGAAUUGAAAAGACAAGUUCCAGGAAUGGGUGUAUCGCCGUUGCCGCAUUAAUUCAUUAUUUUGGACUGGCUUCGGUAUUCUGGAUGUCCAUCGAAGCUGUAAACAUGUACCUUAUGUUUGUCAAGGUCUUUUAUGAUGAUAUUGAAUAUUUCAUGCUGAAAGUAUGCGCGAUUGGAUAUGGUGUUCCUCUUAUUAUUGUGGCAAUUUGCUUGGGAAUUGACGUUGACAACUACGCGAAUGAAAACUACUGUUUCAUUCCUUCAGGGAAUGUUCGAAAUUUUGGCUUCAUCCUCGUGAUUGGUGUCCUCAUAUUGUUUAAUAGCGUAGUAUUCAUUUUAGUCAUGCGUAAACUUACCUGUGGGCGAAAAAUUGCCAAGACGAUCGACCAAUCAAAGAGGGAGAUAGUUAUCAAACGUUUACAAAAUGCUAUAGCCGUUUCUGUCCUACUCGGCCUAACGUGGGCUUUCGGAUUUCUGGCAAUUGAUUCGGACUCAUCUGUACGGGAUGUGUUUCAGACGUUAUUUUGCAUUUUCAAUUCACUCCAAGGUCUCUUUAUCUUUUUGUUGUUCUGCGUACGACAGAAAGAUAUUCGUGAUGCAUGGAAGGGAUGCUGUAAGGAAAGCGACAGAGCAAGCAGGGUGAAAUACGCCACUGAUACGAGCAACAAAAAGGUUAAGGACCAGAGUAUUCCAUUAACGCAUGACUCUACUCAAAACAGUAAUACUCAAAGCAGUAAUACUAAGAGCAAUGUUUAAGUGUAAGCCUAGAUGUCAAUGAUACGUCUAUUAUUAAAAGUUCUACAGCACGUUUAUUAAGCGUCUAGGUCCCCCUCCCCCUUGUAGGCGGUCCGUGGGACAGAUUUUCCCACGGAACCAUUUACUCUAGCCUGUGUGGUCGUGAAAAGAUCUGUCGCUGGAAGAUAGAUUUUAGAUAUAAAGGGAGAAAGGCAUCUGGGAUCCUACUUCGGAUUUUUUUUUAGUUUUAAAGAUACUGUACGUAGUUUUCGUCCCUCCGCCAUUAGGGCAUUGAACAAUUUUAAUUUUCGUAUUUUAUGUUUAUUUUUGUUAAGGAACAAGAUCAAUUUUCAUUGUAUGUGUAUUGUACAUGUAUAUAAUGACAAAUAAAUCUAUUGAGUAUUGAGUUGAUGUUUGGAAAUGCACUCUCCUGCAU